UGAUGCUGUCACUCAGAGAGCAGCACCUCCUGGAUAUAGCAGUGUGUCCAUGAAUAGUAACAUCUCCAUGCCUCACCCCCCUAAUCUCAGUGAUGUUGACACUCAGAGAGCAGCACCUCCUGGAUAUAGCAGUGUGUCUAUGAAAAGUAACAUCUCCAUGCCUCACCCCCCUAAUCUCAGUGAUGCUGUCACUCAGAGAGCAGCACCUCCUGGAUAUAGCAGUGUGUCCAUGAAAAGUAACAUCUCCAUGCCUCACCCCCCUAAUCUCACUGAUGGGCCUGCUGAGACUUUUGACCCUGUUGGUUUGAGAGCUGAUCACAUCAGAUAUGUGUCCUGUCAAAACUGCAUGUCACCAUACUGUCACUGUCACUUUAGUCAUCAUGACACAGAAACAUCUCAGCAGCUCGAUUGUCGUCAACCAGUGCUUGAUGAUCUUCGGAAAGUCAAAACCCAGCACAAAACCAGCAUGAAGAACAAGUAUGAGAGCUUGUUUGAGGGAAUCAGACUACAAAAGAAUCAAACCCUCCUGAACAGAAUUUACACACAGCUAUACAUCAUAGAGGGAGAGAGUGAAGGAGUGAAUGAAGAACAUGAGGUGCUACAGAUGGAGAAAAGUUACAGGACACUCCAAGACACUCCAGUAAAUUGCAAUGACAUCUUCAAUCUUUCACCCAAACCAGGAAAUAAGGAGUUGAGAAGAGAGAAGAAAGGCAAAAUCAAGACUGUUCUUACUAAAGGCAUCGCUGGAAUUGGAAAAACUGUCUCUGUGCAGAAGUUCAUUCUGGACUGGGGAGGAAAAGCCAAUCAGGAUGUAGAUUUCAUGUUUGUGCUUACAUUUAGAGAACUGAACCUGAUUAAAGAUCAUCAGUACAGUCUUCACAGACUUCUGCUGGACUUUUAUCCUGAACUUCAGUAUCUGGACUCAAAGAUUUAUGAGGAAUGUAAAGUUGUGUUCAUCUUUGAUGGUCUGGAUGAAAGCAGAAUCUCACUAAUAUUUUCAGAUAGUCAGAAAGUUUCUGAUGUGACUGAGAUUUCAUCAGUUGGUCUGUUGAUGUCAAACCUCAUGAAAGGAGAUCUGCUUCCCUCUGUUCUCAUCUGGAUCACCACCAGACCAGCAGCAGCCAAUCAGAUCCCCUUCAACUACAUUAACCGUGUGACAGAAAUGGGAUUCAAUGACCCUCAGAAGGAGGAAUAUUUCAGGAAGAGAAUCAGUGACAAGCAUCAAGCCAGCAGAAUCAUCUCAAACAUCAGAAGAGCAAAAAGUCUCCACAUCAUGUGUCACAUCCCAGUCUUCUGCUGGAUCUCAGCCACUGUGCUUCAAAACAUCCUGAAACAAGAUCUAAGUGCAGAAAUACCUCAAACUCUGACUGAAAUGUACAUCUACUUCCUGAUCAUUCAAACAAACAUGAGGAACCAGAAGUAUGAAAAAAGACAUCCAGAGAAACUCCUGCAGUCCAACACAAAAGUGAUUGUGAAACUUGCUGAACUGGCUUUCAAUCAGCUGAUGAAGGGCAAUGUGAUGUUUUAUGAGGAAGACCUGACUGAGAGCGGCAUAGAUGUCACUGAGGCCUCAGUGUAUUCUGGGAUCUGUACUGAGAUCUUAGGGGAGGAGUCUGUGAUAUAUCACAGGAAGGUUUACAGCUUUGUGCAUCUAAGCUUUCAAGAGUUUGCAGCACUGUAUGUGCUUUACUGCUGCUUACACAAAAUCAGUGAGGUUCUGAAAAUGUUCCUGACAGAGACUCAGUGUGAAAAUGUUCCUCUGGAUUUGUGUCUGAAGGGUGCAAUAAAUAAAGCCUUGGAGAGUAAAAAUGGACACCUGGAUCUUUUCCUUCGAUUUCUUCAUGGCAUCUCACUGGAGUCCAAUCAGAGACUCUUACAGGAUGUACUGAUACACACCGAGAACAACCCAGAGAGCAUCAAGAAAAUAAUCAACAACCUCAAACAAAGUCAACAAUACAAUGUCAGUCCUGAAAGGUGGAUAAACCUGACACACUGCUUGAUUGAGAUGAAGGAUAAGUCAGUGUUUGAAGAAAUGCAGGCAUUUUUAAACUGUGAAACAAAAAGAGAAGAUCUUACUCCUGUUCAAUGCUCAACUUUGGCAAACAUAAUCCUGAUGUCAGAGGAGGUGCUGGAUGAGCUAGACCUCAAUAAAUACAACAUCAAAUCAGAAGAGGGCAGAUGGAGACUGGUACCUGCUGUGAGGAACUGCAGAAAAGCUGUAUUUUUAGACUGUGAUCUCUCUGAUCAGCACUGUGAAAUCGUGGCUUCAGCUUUACAGUUAUCAAAUUCCCCUCUGAGACAGCUGGACCUGAGUAACAAUCACCUGCAGGAUUCUGGAGGGAAACUGCUUGCUGCUGGUCUGAAGAGUCCAAACUGUAAACUCAACGUGUUGAGAUUGUCUGCCUGUUUGUUGAAAGAAGAAGGUUGUGAUGCUCUGUCUUCAGCUCUGUGUUCAAACACCUCACACCUGAGAGAGCUGGAUCUGAGCUACAAUCACUUAGGAGAUUCAGGAGUGAAGCUACUCUUUGGCAGUCUCAACCAUCCAAACUGCUUAAUGGGCAAACUCAAUUUGGCAGGCUGUAAUCUCACUGAUCAGCACUGUGAAAUAGUUUCUUCUGCUCUAAAAUCAUCACACUCACUGAGAGAGCUGGAUCUGAGUAACAAUGACCUGCAAGAUUCAGGAGUGAAGCUGCUCUGUCCUGGACUGAAGAGUCCAAACUGUCAACUCCACAUACUGAGGUUAUCUGCCUGUAUGGUGACAGCAGAAGGUUGUGCUGCUCUGUCUGCAGCUCUGGGUUCAAACCCCUCACACCUGAGAGAGCUGGAUCUGAGCUACAAUCAUCCAGGAGAUUCAGGAGUGAAGCUGCUCUCUCAAACACUCAAUCAUCUGGAAAAACUCAAUGUGGAUCACAGAGGUGAGAUCAGGAUCACAGAAGGACUCCACAAAUACGCCUGUGAUCUCACACUGGACCCAAACACAGCAAACACUCGACUCGUUCUGUCUGAAGACAACAGGAAGGUGACGAGAGUGAAAGAGAUACAGCCAUAUCCUGAUCAUCCAGACAGAUUUGAUGAACUUCAGGUUGUGUGUUCAGAGACUCUGACUGGACGCUGUUUCUGGGAGAUUGAGUUGAGUGGAGCUGUUGAAAUAUCAGUGUGUUAUAAAGACAUCAAGAGGAAAGGAGAGAGUAAUAACUGUGAAUUUGGACGUAAUCUGAACUCCUGGAGUCUGAUCUGCACUGAUUACGGAUACUUUGUUCUUCACAAUAAUAACUCCACUGAUAUCUCUUCUCCUGGAGACUCCUGUAAGAGAGUAGGAGUGUUUCUGGACGAGUCGAGCGGCUCUCUGUCCUUCUACAGCGUCUCUGACACACACACACUCACACACUUACACACAUUCACACACACAUUCACUAAACCUCUACUCGCUGGGUUUAGACUUAAUAAUCGCAACUCUUCAGUGUCUCUAUGUCACAUUAAACCUUAAACACACACACACACACACAGACACAGUAGUACACACAGUGAUGUAAAAGUGUGUUUGUGUGUGUUGUGUUCAAACACCCGUGAUUUCACACUGGACCCAAACACAACAAAUGGCUCUCUAAAUCUAUGUAAUAUAUUUGUUUUUCAAAAAUAUUUUAUUAUUUUUGAUUAAUUGUUGAAUUGUAUAUUUUAUGAAAGAAGCUUGGGUUUCCAAUCUCUCUCUCUUUCGCAUGCCUAUGAAUGGAAGUCAACAGAGCAAUGGAGUGUGACUGUAUCUGCAGAUGGAUCUCGUUGACUCCAGUGCGACGUUUGACAGCAAAUAACACGUGACACAUCGACAUCGGGUUUUUAACGGAAGUCCUUAAAGUAAAACAGAAAGCGAUCAUUACAGAGACGCCAUUGCGAGCAAGUACACCUGUCUGCAGCCUAUAGAUGCUCGUGGGGCCCCGCCCUGUUUGCUCUGAUUGGCUCGGUGGUCUUUCAUAGUCACAUGUGAUAGAAACUGUUCCGAGUUGGUGUAAAACAGUGGUGCUCAGUUUUAUGAGCGAAUCACAUCAGCUGUUAAAGCUGCGCGCUUGCAUCAGUAAAAGAGAGGUGUCUAAUUUAACAGAAAUUCAAUUGUUUGUUUUUAUGAAUAGAGAAAAAAAUGUUUCAGAGAAAAAAUGAAUUAUGUCCAUAAUGUAGCCUAGUUUAAUGUAAAUGUGAUUUUGAGCGCUUAGAAUCUGAUAGAAAACAUAACUGUGAAGAGUUGAUUAGGCCUCAUACAAAAAACCUUUAGAACUACAACUAUUCGAUUCGGAGGCGUUUGUGAGUCAAAAGUGGAUUGAUCCCAAUCUAACAAAAAGACAAAAAAUCACAUGUAGUAAAGUUUCACGUAAUAGAUACAAACAAUAAUGACUAAAAUAUAAUGAUAAUAGUAAUAUUAAUGAUAACAUAAAGAACCUUAUGCAUCUAUGGUAUUACCAAAACAAAUCUUUAUGAUAUUGAAACAUUUUGUCACUUUUCUUGUUUUUAAUUAACCUGAGAGAUAUAACAAAAGCAUCAAAUUCAAUUAAGAAAUUAAAAACAAAAAAAAAGAAAGCUGUGAUUUAAAUAAUUUUUGAGUAUGAAUGAAAAAAUCCAAAACCAAAUAAAAAAUGUAAUUCACUGACAUGCUAGUUUACUUUUAUAGUAACAAAUGAUAUCA